AGUUCGUGCGAGUACAGGUGAACGAUUGUCGAUGUUGCGGCGUUUUGUAUUCAAAAUCCGAUUGUUUAUUAUCGCGAUAGUAUAAAAUAACGCCGCUUGAUAAUUGUGUACGUUAUGACAAAGAAUACUUAAAUUAUAGCUCGAAAUAUUUAAAAGCUCACUAUAAAAUAUUGUGUUUUCUAUUUCUUUAAUUGUGUUACAAUACGCAGUGAAAGAUGGACGGAAAUCUUGGUCGUUAAAAAAGCCUUUCAAUACAGAUCUAAAAGAAAUAAUGUGCAUAGUUAUCAAUUAUUAAGGAUACAAUCAAUCACUGUAUGCAAAUGCAGACAUGGCUGGAGAUGAGUCCAGUGUGCGAGUUGCAGUCAGAAUACGACCGCAGACCCCGUCAGAGGUUGUGGACGGAUGCGGCGUGUGCGCGCGCGCUGGCGGCGAGGCCGGAGAUGGCGGAAUCGCGCUUGGCUCUGAGCGAGCCUUCACAUUCGACUAUGCCUUCGAACCUUCCGCCACCCAGGAGGCGGUUUACGAGACCUGCGUCAGGAAGCUCGUGGAGGCCGCACUCGACGGAUAUAACGCUACUGUGCUGGCUUACGGACAGACAGGCUCCGGGAAAACGUAUACAAUGGGCAGUGGGUGGGAGGGUGAAGGCGACGGCGAUGAGUUUCGGCGAGGCAUCAUCCCGCGAGCAAUCCGGGACCUUUUCGCGGGCGCCGAACAGCGAGCCGAAGCGGCGCGGGCACAGGGAAAUCUGCCGCCAGAAUUCUCCGUUCAGGCACAGUUCAUCGAGCUCUAUAACGAGGACAUCGUCGACUUGCUUGACCCCGCCAAGGACCCAUUUGCUAAGGGUGCACUCAGGAUAACAGAAGAUGGAUGUGGCGGAGUAAGGGUCGUUGGAGCAUCAAUGCGAGCAGUGAGAGGUGUCCACGAUGCACUGGGGGCAUUACAUGCUGGCGCCCUCGCUAGAACCACCGCCGCUACCAACAUGAACUCGUCCUCUUCUCGAUCUCAUGCCGUAUUCACUUUGCUACUGCGCCAGAGGAGACUGGCUACCGACCAGGACACAGUGGAUCGGGACGCGGAAGCGGAUACACCUGAACAGUACGAGACACUGACCGCCAAGUUCCAUUUCGUGGAUCUGGCCGGCUCUGAGCGUCUCAAGCGAACAGGUGCGACAGGCGAACGAGCUCGUGAAGGUAUAUCGAUCAACUGCGGGCUCUUGGCGCUGGGAAAUGUAAUAUCGGCAUUAGGAGACAAGUCCAGGAAAGUGCUACAUGUUCCGUACCGGGAUUCCAAGCUCACCAGGCUCUUGCAAGAUUCUCUCGGAGGCAACAGCAACACGGUAAUGAUUGCGUGCGUGUCGCCCAGCGACCGCGACUUUAUGGAGACACUGAACACGUUGAAAUACGCAAAUCGGGCUCGCAACAUCAAGAACCGGUGCGUGGUGAACCAGGACCUCACCUCCAGGACCAUCAACCAACUGAGGCAUGAGGUAGCCAGGCUGCAGAUGGAGUUGGCCGAAUACAAACAGGGUAAACGCAUCGUAUCCGAAAACGGCGAAGAGGGAUGGAGCGACGUGGUACAAGAGAACGCGAUCCUUACCAGCGAGGUGGAGUCGCUGCGGCGUCGAGUGAAGGCCAUGCAGGACACCAUCGAGCAGCUGUCGGCGCGCAACAGCGAGCUGCUGGCGGAGAAGGCGCUGGCCGCGUGGGCGCCGCGCGACUCCAGCCCUGACGCUACCGACUGCUCCCUCACCACGCUCGUACAGGGCUACGUGAGCGAGAUAGAAGAUCUGCGUGCACAACUUAUGGAAGCGAACGCACUGUACGAAGCGAGUCGGAAGCGAGAAGCACGCACACGUCAUGACUCCGUGCAUGACCCAAAUUCUAUACUCGACGACGCUAAACGAGAAUUGUACAAGGAAAAGGAGCUACUGGCGCGCAGCAUGGGCGAGCUAGAGUUCCAGCGCAAGCUCGCGACCCAAGUGAGCGAGGGUGGAGAGGGCGGAGAGGGGGAGGUCGAGGAGGAUACGCGACCCAUCGGCGAGCGAGAGCGCGCGGAAGGCGAGAGUGCCGGUGACUCCGAGCCCUCCGACCAUGACGACGACGACGAGGGCUCCGAUGACGAGCGCGUCGAUGCGAUCGAAGCAGAGACCGCUGGUCAACGCAUACUAACAGCCCAGUUGGCAGCACUGAGCGAAGACAUCGAUACAAAGGCGCGGCUCAUCGAGCAACUGGAGGCGUCGCAGCGGCGGCUGGCGGCCUUGCGCACGCACUACGAGCAACGUCUCGAUACUCUCCACCACCAGAUCAAGGCCACCGGGGAAGAACGCGACAAAGUGCUUGCUACACUUGGUACGUUAGCUCGAUGCGAAAGUUAGGAAGUCUAUGGUUGCACCGAUAUAUCGGUAACAUUGAUAUAGUUAAAGAAUUUGAUACGUUUUCUCUUAUAUAGAUAUUUUAAUUAUAUUAAAAAACUACAUGUUAGUUACAUUGAGCUGAAAAAUUUAUUUUAUUUAUGAAACAUUUUAAAUGUCUAUACAUCCCUAAAAUAAUAAAUAAUCGGAAUGAUGGAUUAUAAUAUUAUCAUUAUAAUUGACACAAGUAUGUUGGCAAUAUCUGUUAAAUAUGAUAUGUCGUAGACUAAUAUUUUGGCAAGUUUUUUCUAUAUUACGUGUAAUUUUCAUUCCUAGUAAUCAGUAGCGAAGCUAGGGCUCCAAACUAGGGCAAGCCCAAGAUAUGAUUUUCUUGUUUUUAGCAGUUUUAUAAAAAUACACCAAUCUUGAUCUGUCUCCACUCUUCAAUUUCAUAUUCAGUGCCGUCGAGGAAGGAUGUGUUUAACAAAGCUUGACUUGUAUGACAUAUCUAUCAGCAAUUGCAUACAAUAUAUACUUCGGUUGGCUUUGAAAAGAGCCGUUUGAGUUUGCUUGAGCAAAAGAAAAAAUAUUUACAUACAAUACAAUACAUGAAGAAAAGAAAAACAUGAACGAAGUACAAACAAACUAUGUAC